CUCCCCCGGCAUUUCCCGCGUGGCGGAGAGCGGAGCCGGGUCCGUUCAGCGGGGGAUCAGGACGGCCACGUGGAAAUCGGAGCCGGCAGCGGUUUAAAGGAAUUUCCCUGGGGAGGAGACUGAAGCAGCAGCAGCACAAGGAAUUCAUCGGAUCACGCUUGGCCACCUGAGCUGGCCAAGGGAACCCCCCACCUCGUUCCGCGUGGCGCUUAUUCCAUUGUGCACCAAAUCGCAUCUUGAUUUUGGGAGGACUUUUUCGUUCACUCGUGGGAACUUCAUCCGAGGCUGCAGCUUCUUUCUUAAGAAAUUCCUUAUUUGGUGCAUUUUACCAGAUCUCUCUCCAAUCCACCCAUUUCCGCCGCCCCCCUCUUCUUCUUUUUUGUGCUUUUAAUUGCUCCGCGAUGGCGGCGGAGAAAUUCUCCGGAGCCUCCAACGGGAGUAUCGGGGCUCCGGCGCACGCUGGGGUGGAGGUCCCCGAGGGCGGCAAGAGCAGCCUGGGCGCGUCCCGGCUGCGGGGCUGCCUGCGGGCCAACCUGCUGGUGCUGCUGACCGUGGCCGGCGUGGUGGCCGGCGUGGUGGUGGGGCUCGGGGUGCGGCAGCUGCCCGGCGGCGGGCUGAGUCGCGUGGACAUCCUGCUCUUCUCCUUCCCCGGGGAGCUGCUGCUGCGCUUGCUGAAGAUGAUCAUCUUGCCCCUGGUGGUCUGCAGCCUGGUGGCGGGCGCGGCCAGCCUGGACCCGGCUGCCUUGGGGCGCUUGGGCGGCUGGGCGAUGCUCUUCUUCCUGCUCACCACCCUGCUGGCGUCGUCCAUCGGCGUCGUCCUCGCCUUCAUCAUCAAGCCCGGAGAGGGGGCGUCGGCCCCCAAGCUCUUCGGCGACGAGGCGGCGGUGCCCGAGGCCAAGCAAGUGGUCGACUCCUUCCUCGAUCUCAUCAGGAACAUCUUCCCCUCCAACUUGGUAUCAGCUGCAUUCCGAUCGUAUGCAACCAGUUAUAAACUGGUGAUAGAGAAGAAGAACGGGACAGGAGUCAGCAAGAAUGUUACGUUUGGUGAAAAUGUAACAGUUGGUGAAAGCAUCGUGGAGAUGAAGAUCCCCACAGGCACAGAGGUGGAAGGGAUGAACAUCCUUGGCCUGGUGGUCUUCGCCAUCGUCUUUGGGAUUGCUCUGCGGAAGCUCGGGCCCGAAGGCGAGAACCUGAUCAAGUUCUUCAACUCCUUCAAUGAAGCCACGAUGGUGCUCGUCUCCUGGAUCAUGUGGUAUGCCCCUCUGGGUAUCAUGUUCCUGGUAGCUGGCAAGAUUGUGGAAAUGGAGGACGUGGUUGUCCUGUUCACCAGCCUGGGCAAGUACAUCUGCUGCUGCCUGGUGGGCCAUGCCAUCCACGGUCUCAUCGUCCUGCCGUUCAUCUACUUCAUCUUCACCCGCAAGAAUCCUUACCAGUUCCUUUGGGGCAUCUUCACUGCCCUGGCCACUGCCUUUGGCACUUCCUCCAGCUCUGCCACCCUGCCCCUGAUGAUGAAGUGUGUCGAGGAGAAGAACGGCGUCUCGAAGCACAUCAGCCGCUUCAUCCUGCCCAUCGGGGCCACGGUCAACAUGGACGGGGCUGCGCUCUUCCAGUGCGUGGCUGCUGUCUUCAUCGCCCAGCUCAACAGCAUGCCUCUCAACUUCAUCCAAGUCAUCACCAUCCUAAUUACUGCGACGGCGUCCAGCGUUGGAGCUGCUGGGAUUCCUGCGGGCGGCGUCCUCACCCUCGCCAUCAUCUUGGAAGCUGUUGGGCUGCCGACCAACGACAUCUCCCUCAUUCUGGCAGUGGACUGGCUUGUGGAUCGCACCUGCACCGUCCUAAACGUGGAAGGCGAUGCUUUUGGCGCUGGGCUCCUGCAGGUGUACACCGAAAGGACGGAAGGCAAGGCAGAGGCAGAGGAGCUGAUGGAGAUCAAGACGGACACCGGCAAGGGAGUGGGGGCGGAAGAAGGCUCCCCACUGAUCAAGAGGGACGGGCCUGCCCCCUUGGAGGGCAUCAACUCCUGCGAAAAAGAAUCCGUGAUGUAAAGCAGCCUACGAAGAGGCUAGACUUCGUUUUUUUAAAGUUAGGGUUCCAUUUUUAAGGACAGCUCCCGAAUCUGCUCCACCCUUGAAAGACUUCUGUUUCCCAUAAGAAGCAGGGGCAGGCGGUUCGAUUUUCACCGAGAACACUCCUUUCCACCUUUUUUUAAUGACUGAUUUUUCACACAGUUGCUUUUAAAUUUCAAACAGAACUUCCCCCCCUGAAAAAUGUCAACUGCUGGGGGCUUGAUGCUGCCUGGAAAUAGCCCUGUUUGGCUGGAAGCCUCUCCCUCUUAAGGAGAUGAGGGUCAGGGUGCUGUUGCUCAAGAGAAAGGGCACUCUGGAUAUUCUCAGAGGCACAAUACUUUGCACGUUCCAGGCUGAACCCUUAAGUUUUUAAAUCUGCAACGUGGAAACUGGUAGCAGUGACUUUGGAGAUCUCUUAAUAUCACUCUUUUCCUUCUUCCAGAUCUCUAGCUACCUUUGCUGCUUUUUAUUUUAUUUUGUGUUUUGGACCAAGCAAGUGGGUGGUGGUGGUUUGUCCUUCCUGUGUCUAAUAUCUUUGUCUCCCUCCCAUUGCCCCCCCCCCACUUUUAGUUACAUUUCAUUGCAGGAAGAGGAAGCAGACUGCUUUAUUUCCGGACAGAUUUAUUCUCCUCUGGUCACCCCAUAAUUCAAUAACUUGAGCAGUGCACCACUUGAACCUAUAAAUACCUAUCGUCAAAACAGGAAUGGGGAUAGAGAACAUUUCUUUCUGUCUUUUACAUUUCUUUCUGUCUUUUACAAUUUUUUUGCUGCCUUUCCGCCUUGCAACCCCUUAGAAUCCUCGUGCCAAGGCUGUGCGAUGUGCAAUUGAGCAUUGAGAGUCGCUGUUGGGUCGCUGGAAUUUCUGCCAUUCCCUGCAAAGCCAACUUUCCUUGAACUGCUUAAAACCUAUGUAUUUUCCUCCCUUCUUCCCUGCUGGCUCAUCACGUGCAAGAACUAGACAGUACUGCAGUGCUCUCUUGAAGUGGCAACUCCUGGUUCAAACAGCUGCGAUGCAAUUUAUUUUAUUUCUGGAACUUAAAAGGAUCCAAAUGUUUUUUCCUCCACACUGGAAUUAAAGGGGCAGGGCAGGGUUAGCAGGUAAAAGAAAGUGAGAGAGACUGGAGUAGCUUCAGAGGUGAGAGUUAACCUCUGAGGCUCAGUUUCCCAUCACUUUUAUUCUAGUCUUGUGCCGAGGAGCCACUGAUGAGCAAGUGGGCAGGCUUGCAGAAGGAGCUGGUGAGUGGUGGCCCCCCUGGACCAAAUUUUCAGCACUGCCUGGCCUGUCCAAAGCCCAGCAGACGCUGAAGCAGACAUUAGCAGUGAGGAAGAAAGGGAGGAAGUACCAAGGUGAUUGAGCGAGUGGUUGCUGAACAACUCCAGGCACGCCUGGAAGAAGCGGACAAUUUGGAUCUAGGGACAAAGGUGAGAGCUGUUUCUUAGUCCUGCUGGAUCUCUCAGCGGCUUUUGACAUCAUCGACCACAACAUCCUUCUGGACCGUCUAGAGGUGUUGGGAGCUGGGGGCACUGUCAUACAGUGGGUCCGCUCCUUCCUCCCGGGCCGUGUUCAGAAAGUGGUGGUGGGGGAUGAGUGUUCAGACCCCUGGGCUCUCACUUGUGGGGUGCCUCAGGGUUCUGUCCUCUCCCCCAUGCUUAUCAACAUCUACAUGCAGCCGCUGGGAGAGAUCAUCAGGGGGCUUGGGCUGGGUGUUCAUUAGUAUGCAGAUGAUACCCAGCUCUACCUCUCUUUCAAAUCAGAACCAGUGAAGGCGGUGAAGGUGCUGUGUGAGGGUCUGGAGGCGGUUGGAGGAUGGAUGGCAGCUAACAGAUUGAGGUUGAAUCCUGACAAGACAGAAGUACUGUUUGUGGGGGACAGGAGGCGGGCAGGUGUGGAGGACUCCCUGGUCCUGAAUGGGGUAACUGUGCCCCUGAAGGACCAGGUGCGCAGCCUGGGAGUCAUUUUGGACUCACAGCUGUCCAUGGAGGCGCAGGUUAAUUCUGUGUCCAGGGCAGCUACCUUCUUUGCAGUGGCUGACAAAGGCUUGGCAGCACCCCCACAGAGAACUGCAGGACCUUGUUGUUGUUUAGUCGUUUAGUCGUGUCCGACUCUUCGUGACCCCAUGGACCAUAGCAGGCCAGGCACUCCUGUCUUGCACUGCCUCCCGCAGUUUGGUCAAACUCAUGUUCGUAGCUUCGAGAACACUGUCCAACCAUCUCGUCCUCUGUCGUCCCCUGUCGCAGGACCUUAACUUAAAGCAAAUACUGUAUAUGCUUAUGCACACACAGGGUCACUUGGAAACCGUGGCUGGGCCCGCAGCCUUGUCCUUUGUCACUCGCAGGCCUAGACCUUGACCAAUGGAAUCUUUUGUACAUUUUCAAGUGUCUCUGCAAUCUUGAGGACUGGGAACUUAGCUGAGAACUAUUUUGAUUCUCCCAUAGGCAUUGGAUUCUACCCAGGCAUAUCUAUUUCCAUACCUUGUAGCUUCUGGAGUCUGUAGAUCGGAAUCCAGGUGCCCUGUCCUGCCACAAUGCCCUGUGCAGAUCCAGAAUGCAUACUACCUACUACCAAUCAAUAAUAAUAAUAAUAAUAAUAAUAAUAAUAAUAAUAAUAAUAAUUCAUUAUUUAUACCCUAAGUCUUUCCAGCCACUCUGGACGGCUCCCAACAUAAUCUUAAAAACAUGAGAAAAGAUCAAAGGUUAAAAACUUCCCUAAACAGGGCUGUUUUCAGAUGUCUUCUAAUAGUCAGAUAGUUGUUUAUUUCCUUAACAUCUGAUGGGAGGGCGUUCCACAGGGCGGGCGCCACACUACCUUUUGCAGAUGCAAAUGUGGGUUUGGCCGCAGGCGCUCAUGACCUGGCUCAUACCUGCCUGAAGCAUAUCAGUGGAGAUGUUUUGCAGUCUUAAAAAUAAAUUUAAAAAAAUCAGUAGAAUGUCGGAGCUUUUAAUUCCGACUUCCAAGGUUUUGAGCUGUAGAUCUUCUUGAUUAGUUGGACGCAGUCUCCCUAUUUUUGCCAUGCAGGGCUCCUUAGUAGGCUUUGUGUGUCAAUUUAGAGGUAGGCUUCAAGUGGGGUCUAGGCCAGGGAUAGGCAACGUAAGGCCCGGGGGCCGGAUGCGGCCCAAUCGCCUUCUAAAUCUGGCCCGCGGACGGUCUGGGAAUCAGCAUGUUUUUACAUGAGUAGAAUGUGUCCUUUUAUUUAAAAUGCAUCUCUGGGUUAUUUGUGGGGCAUAGGAAUCCGUUCAUUAAGAUCUUUUUUUGCUGCUGAAAUGUUACUUGAUGGAAGUGCUAGACUAGGGCUGCCUUCUUUAGUUACUCUUCUAAAGCGUAUAAGAUGUUAGGGAGAGCCAUCUGUUGGCAAAAAUGAUCAAUCUGUUGUGAACCGCCCUGUGAUCUUUGGAUGAAGAGCAGUAUACAAAUUUAAAUAAUAAUGAUAAUCUCUGACAGAUUUAUGCUCCUCCAUCUAGCAACUUUCACCUUUAGCAGUUCUUGUGGUUGUGCAAAGGAGACUUAAGGAAGUGGUCAACAGGGCUCUGCAGAGAAAUGAAAUUCUGCACAGCGGAAAAUGCUGGGUUGGUAGACGAUGUGUGGAUUAAAUGUGUUUGCUUUGUGAACAUCAUAAUAAUAUUGCAAGGACGACACAAGUAGGCAUUUUCACCUCUGACGGCUGAAAGUUGUAGUUUCAUCCCCCAAAAUAAAAGCUACUUUUUUGUGACUGGUUCACCACCUGCAUGCAAUAGUACAUAAUGUCCAAAUAGGUGCAAAGUUCUCCUGGUGAGAAUUCUGGAGUCCUCCCUUCGUGCCAACAGAGCUCCCCACCUGUUUGGGCAGGAAUGGUGUUUUAAGUGUUCUCUGAGUGGGCAGAGAUCGCUGGCAUUAAACAGGAGCUCUCUAGAUGCACCUCCGCACUUCGGAACGGGUUUGUGCCAAGGCUUCCCCUGCCAAAGCAACUUUUAUGAUAAUGCCUGUUGAGAUCAGACCUCCAGAUAAGGGGCGGAAACAUCUGCCUUCUCUUUUGGGGGCACGGGCUGUAGUACAUCAAAGCCCGGAGCCUGCAAGUUUCAGGGUUUGAACUUUUGGUUCUAGCAAGUCCAGGUGUGACUUAACAGAGAGAGAGAAAAGUGUUGGACUCUGGGAUGGGGGAAAGCAGAGGCUUCUGGCAGGGCUGUGUGUUGUGCAGUUUGUGACACAGUGCAUAGAGGUUUCAAGGUUCUAUCCCUCAUUGCUGCAACAAUACGAUUCAAAGUGGAGAAGUGGUUAAAGUUCGCAGCCCUUAGGUGUGGGGAUCCAGGGUCUUCCUCCUUUCCGUGGCUAGCAAAGCCAAAAUGAAAUUGUGCACAGACUGCAGAAUAAAUUGUACAAAACAUGAAAUAACACCAGUUUUAUCCAUGUGCCUGAUUUAUAUAAAGGAUGUGGUUUUCCUUGGUACAUAAUUUUUUAGUUUUAGCGCAGAACACAUGCAUUCCCUGGCAUUGGGUGAUCAUAAGAGGCUGGCUCCUGUACCCCAGACACCCCUUGUUCCACAUUCCACUUUGGGUCGACCUUCAAAUGCCAGUGACUGGUAUCCAGCUGGCACUUCAAAAUAAACAUGGGUUUUGUUUUAGUGCCAAAUAUGCCACCCUCUGUAUUCUAACAGGAGGUGGUAGUUCCUAGUACAAGCUGUGUUGAGAGCCAAUGCAGGUGGAUUGUUCCAAGUGGGAAGCUGCAGGUGCAAAUUGGUACUCUUUUCAUGCCGGUUUAGUUAACAGUUGCUACCUCUUGUUGCUUCAAAGUAUGUACCCUCUGUUGCUGAACACCAUUCAGAAUUGCCCUCAACCCACAAAGAGGGAAAGUGGGGACGACCAUUGGGGCUCUCUAAGCUCCCACCAUCUGCAAAGGGGUUUGGGUGCAUGUGACAGCUGACACUUCGGUGAUCCUGAGCCACAAAAUUUGGGAAGGGAACCUCCGGGGUUAUCUGGUCUUGCUGCUUGCCCAGAGAGAGGAUAUUCUACUUGCUGCUAACUCUUCUCAGCUGCUCAGAGAUGGGCACGGCCUCCCCCUGUCUUUCCUUCUGCUGCUAUUGCAGUUCUCCUGCCCUCGGUCCCGAUCCUGUACGGAAGAGAACCUAGCUAGCCUGGAGGCUGCCUAUACCACUAAGUGUUAUUGGGUGGUACACUUGCUUUAGCGUCUUGUUUCGCAGUCAACAGGGAUGCAGGAUGGCACCAUCUCUGUAUGUCGGGGGGUAUUUGACGCCUGGGUUAAGAGCUGGCUUUCCUAGGAAGCAGCUAUGAUAACUUCCCAAUAUCAGAGCAGGUGAGCAGGGUGGGCUGUUGUGCCAACUGGCAUUUUUCUCCUAUGUUGAACCUGCUGGGCUUUGGCAGGGGCAAAGGGGUGCGGUGGGCUUGCAUUUCUUCAAACCAGGUCCUGCUCUUCUGUCCUUAGUGGCAGCCUGAUCUGCAGGGAGCUGCUUCUUUCCAUGCUUUUAAAGCUGCACCUGCAGGUCAAGCUGCUCUUAAAAAAAUGCAGGCAGGGCCUUCCGUGUUUCUGGUGAGCUAGCGAACCCCCAAAGUGGUGGCAAGACUGAUUUUUUGGGGGGUGGGGGAGACAAAUCAGGCUGGUUGUUAUUUGCACACAAUCUCCUCCCUACAUUGGGGGUGGCGAGGGGAGGAAAUGUACAAUUGCCACAUCACAUAAUAUAAUAAAAACAGAUUUGGAAGCAA